UUUAGAGGUAGCUUAGGGUUCCUAGCGUUCGCUAGGGCGGCCGGCGAGCGCGAGCUAUGGCGCCCGCGAGCUCGGUGGACGCGCCGGCUGCGCGGAGAUGGAGCUGCAGAGGUAUUGAUCGCAGAUUCGGCAAUGCCUGGGAGAGUCGCCGGGGAGGAUCGGCCGCGCUCUAGUACCCGCAUUUGGAACAGGAGAUGGAAAGCCAUGGGAGGAGUGGCAUCUAGCUCCAUCGGGGCAUCGGAUGGGACGGUGGAAGAAAAUGAAGAGGGAGGGUCAGCAGCACUGCUUCCAUGGAUGGAUCUUAGGUAGAGCGUGAGUGGGGAGAUUUCUGGGCAGCAUGGUUGCUCAUCCCACCUCGUUCCAGGAUGAUUCCAGCAGCAAGCCGGUCAAGUUUAAAUCGGUCUCACAGUUUUACACGUCUUAUCAGGCAGAGCCGGCCGUUGACGAGCUCGAUGAUCCAAGCACGGAGGAGCAAGAGCUCGAUGAUUCAAGCACGGACAACCACGAGUCAGACUAUGUUUCGCAAGAGUCGGACGAUGUUUCGCAAGAGUGGAGCGAUUCCGAGGACACGGCUAGGCGGCCUGUGAAGAAGAGAAGGAUGAGCAUCAUCCAGAGCUCCUUUCAUGCUCCUGCUAAAGGGAAGGAAGAGCAACCGGCGUUUAGGACGUUGGCUCAGCUCUUGGAGCCUCGGCGUAACGAAAGGAUAAAGUCUUUCCCUCCCAAGAGAAGGAAGUCGAGCAUUUCCAGGGAUAUCGCUGCCACGAAACUCAAGAGGUUUUACUGCAAGCCCAGGACGAACCGAGCUAAGGGAAGAACUCUUCUCGAGGGGAACAUCGGGCUCAUUGUUGACCUAGUGUUCCAGUCGGUUGACGAUGGCAACAGCUCAAACCAUCCUCGUAAGGACGAGCCUCUACCGUCUUUACCAACGGAAGAGAGCAUAGGCAACUGUGGUGUACCCGUGAAGCUGGCAGAUGCCGAGGACUCGGUGACGCAAGAGGUUUCGACGUCGUUUGCUAGCAUGGAGGACGAGCAGAAGCUUGUGACAGUUAGAGAUCCUGAGUUCUUGACAAUUGGGCGGCUGUUUGCUAGAGGUAGUGCAAAGUCUUCUGAUCCAUCGUUCCACGCACAGCUAAAAUGGAGGGAGAUUGAUGUUGGAGGAACUGAUCCUUUGGUCUUGGUGAACCAUAAAUGCAAGGUGUACAACCCCUUAGAAAGGAAAUGGCUUGCCGCGUCUGUUGUCCAGUAUGAUCAACUCAGCAAGAAACAUCAGGUUCAUUAUGAUAUACAAGGUGAAGUGUGGCAGUUUCUCUCUAGGGAGCGCAUUGCGUUUUAUAUCUCCCUCGACGAGAAGAUGAGGUUAAUCACUAGCUACGACGAGCGAAGUUCUUUAGAAGAAAGAAAGGCAAAAGCAGAGGAGUUGUUGGUCUUUGCUGCAAGCACGGAAAGUUACGACAGGUUAUUUCAGCAUGGGGAUAUUGUAUGGGCCGAAACUCCAGGCUAUCCAAUGUGGCCAGCAUUUGUCAUGGACGACCAGCACGCACGGCUGUGCAACUUAGAAAUUUCCACUGGUGAAUUGCCAGUUCAUUAUUUUGGAACAUAUGAAAGUGCCAGGAUUAUAAUCGGCAGGAUAGUCAAGUUUUCGAAAGGGAUCCUUGAUGAUUAUCACUUGAAAUGCAGCCGCAUAUCCUUUGACAGGGGUCUGGAGGAAGUCGACAGGUAUUACAGGGAACAGAAGCUACCUCCUGGGAUGACUUACUUGCAAGAAGAAGUGGUCACCACGUUGACGCAGGCAAUUCAUUCAGAUUCAGAAGAAAAAUCUGAAAAGGACGAAGAUUUCGUUGGUGACGAGAGAAAGCACAAAGUAAGGAAGAGCCUUGAGAGCAUUUCCAAAUGCCCAAUCAAGCUGGGCUCGCUUCAAGUUUUAAACUUAGGGAAAAUUGUAAAGGAUUCGGAAUACUUUCACGACCAGCACUAUAUUUGGACCGAAGGCUACACUUCUAUCAGAAAAUUCUUCUCAAUAAAAGAUCCAACUAAGACGGUGAUCUAUAAGAUGGAGAUCUUGAGAAAUCCAAAUGCGCGCACCAUGCCUCUCUUUCGUGUUACUCCGGAUGACGGGGAACAGGUGGAAGGUCCAAGUGCUGCAGCAUGCUGGAAGAAAAUAUUAAAUCAGCUGCACAGAGCCAGAAAGAAACUUAAUUUGAAUGGCCAGCAUGAUAAGAAACGGCAAUUCUAUCGAUCGGGAGCCGCAAUGUUUGGCCUCUCGAAUCCUCAAAUCUCUCGCCUCAUUCAGGCUUUACCUUAUGCACGGGUAUGUUCAAAGUUUAAAGUUUGGAGGGAAGCUACUACAUUUGAGGAUUUAGAUGCCAUUCUCCCGGCCGGGUUCAAGCAUGUCGAAGUCGAGUGGAAGCAUCUGGAUCAUUGCAGCGUCUGUGAUACGAACGAGGAGUAUGAAGGGAACAUUCUUUUGCAAUGCGACAAAUGCAGAAUGCUGGUUCAUCUAAAUUGCUACGGAGUGCUAGAGCCACCGGGAGAUUCUUGGCUUUGCAACCUCUGUGACUCGAACGCUCCCAAGCGUUCCCCUCCUUGCUGCCUGUGUCCUAUCAAAGGAGGUGCAAUGAAACGGACAACUGAUGGGCGCUGGGUUCAUCUCGCGUGUGCAUUGUGGAUACCUGAAACCUCUUGUGUUGAUAUGGAUCGAAUGGAACCGAUUGAAGGGAUAAGUUCAGUCAAUAAGGAACGUUGGAAGCUUACUUGCACAAUUUGCAGUGUUCCAUAUGGUGCCUGUAUCCAAUGCGCUGACCACCAUUGCCGGGUUUCUUAUCAUGCGCUUUGCGCUCGAGCAGCAGGAUUCUGCACAAAGGUUUUGGAGGGUCUUCGCCGGAAAAGGAAUAGAACAACUGGUGUCCAGGAAGUGGAGCGAUCCGUGCAACUUGUUUCGUAUUGCAAGAAACACAUGCACAGCAAGAUGUCGACAAAAGCAACUUUUGAUACUUUUGCCACCCACGAGGACGACUAUGCAUACGCUUCGCACAAUCCAUCUGGCUCUGCUCGUUCUGAACCAUAUAAUGUGGCUAUCCGACGAGGCCGUCGUGAACCUGACCACUACUCGGCAGCUCUGGCCAAGCGUGCAUUUUUGGUGAACCGGCCACACAUUGUUACCGGGUGCCUGCGCAAUCCUUACAAGAGAGUCAAACGCCCGGCCCCCGUUCCUAUCGGCGUCUCCAAGGUUCAACCGUUUCUAACAAUCAGGCCAAGGUCCGCUCCAGACGGUCGGCAAGUUGCUCUUACGGUGUCCGAAAGGUUCUACCAGAUGAGAGCAUCACUACAUCGUAGAUUAACAUUCGGAAAGUCUGCGAUACACGGAUGGGGUCUAUUCGCUAAAGAACCGCAUGGAGCAGGAGAUAUGGUUAUAGAAUACGCAGGAGAGAUCAUCCGGCCUACUGUUGCGGACGUACGUGAGAAGAGAUGUUAUAACUCUCUAGUGGGCGCUGGUACAUACAUGUUUUGUAUCGACAAUGAGCGAGUCGUGGACGCCACUCGAGCGGGCAGCAUUGCUCAUCUCAUCAACCAUUCUUGUGAACCGAAUUGUUAUUCUAGAGUAGUGACUACGAAUGGAAAGGAAAGGAUUGUUAUCUUCGCAAAGCAGGACAUCGCUGGAGGGGACGAGGUGACAUACGACUACAGAUUUACAUCUAUUGGAGAUCAACUUCCGUGUCACUGUGGAACUGCGGGAUGUAGAGGCAUUGUGAAUGUCAUGGACGAGGAGGAUGAGUCCGGGAGGAUACUUGUCCGCACCGCGGAACUGACAAAGCUGCAAUAAGGCUAUUUAGGAAACAUUCUUGGGUUCUACCUAUAGUUACACAGCUAUAUCACAGGCAAAAAGCACAACAGUUUUGACAUUGGUUUACUGUAAAUAAAAAGGUGUACUUGUAAUGA